UCUACAGGUACUUGGCCGACGUCGACGUUUUCAUGGGAUCGCGAUUAUAAUGUGCACAAGAGUAGUUUCAAACCGGGAGCGAUUAUUGGGGUUGUACUAGGUAUAGCGUUCGUGAUGAUCGGACUGGUAUGCCUUGCUCGUAUGAACGGGAAGCCGAGGCCGAUGGCGGCGGCGCUGGCGAGGAGUACGGAGGAGGGCGAGGGAAGGCAGGUGGAGCAUCGUGCGACGGGCGGACCGGCGGCGAGGGCAGAGACUGGGAGGGGGGCUCAGCAACAGCAGUCUAGCGCGGAGGGAAGUGGUGGGGUGGACAGGGAUGAGGAGGAGACGUUGCCGCCGUAUACGAAGGAGCAGCCGCCGAAGUAUACGCCUUGAGAGUGGCGUUCGCGGGUGAAAGAAGGUGUCCACGGGUGCGUUCGAGUGCAUGGUGGUAGCUCGGUUAUAUUUCACCAUACGCACUUCCCCUCUGCGCUUCUCCAUCACGCACCUUCCUCCACCCACAUACUUGAGGUCGCGACUCCCCGGCCUCCCCACCUGCGAUACUUCUGGGACAACCUUUGCUUGUAACAGCUGUAAUAUAACUCGACUCAGCAUGGCGCGCGAUACAGACUCGUCCGCCGAUCGAGGUCUGCACUCGACAACGCCGGAACCGCCGAAAGCGUCGAGAAAGCGAAAGCGAGCCCGGAUGGCCAUCAAUAACUCCAAGAAGCCCCGCGCAAAAUCUCCAGUGCGUCGCAGCCAACGCUCUAAUCAUGGCCAGAGGAACAUUCGUCAGAUCCUACACUAUGAGGACGUCUCAGCCGCGGAUAACCCCACCCAGCAGUUCUUCCGCUUCUUUGACCUUCCACGAGAGAUACGCAACCAAAUAUACGGUCUCCUGUGUGAGAAGACGCUCGUUCGCUUCCGCCAGCAUGGCAUGACGAUCGGGGCAGUUUACGGUAGACCCCGGCGCUACGACCCCGGAUCACCACUGCAAAAUUUUGAGAGAGGUCUCCCGGCGUGGCUCGUGGCCAAUAAGAAGAUUCUGCUUGAAGGUUUGGCGGAAUUCCACCAUGCUGCGGAGUUUUUCUAUCUGGAUAUCUCGGGAGGCUCGCUGAAGAGGGGUCAUGGCAUCACGAGACUGUUCUCUAUCAACAACGCGAGGAUCAUUCAGAUGACAAAAUCUGGAGUGGACUUCUCCAUUGCGCCCGUAACGAAGACCGACGAAGAUGGGAAGGAGUAUAACACGUUCGAAUUUCACAAGGACCAGGGUGCAAAGCUGAGACGCAUCAGCCGUUUACUGGCGGCUCCGUCUUCCUUACAGGUACUCACCAUGGACUUUUACUUCUCCUUCCUCUCCGGCAUCGUAACGAAGGAACCCAUCGGCGAUAUUCGGUUCAGUGUUACUAUGCUCGAUCAACUACCCAAAGACCUGAUGAAAGUAACCUUCACCGUUGCGUCGACGCAAGAAGACAUGGCCGGAUACUAUCGAGCGUGGACAGUUCUCAGGGCGGGGUUGGAGCGUAUUGCGAGAGCGCUUGUACAGAGUCCCGGGGAAGAAUGCGAGGAGAAUCUCAUUUGCCGGGUCCACGAGAAGCCCAAGGGCAAAUGUGGUCAGCCGUGCAGUGGUGCAUGGGGGCUCCACGUAAUACAGGUUACCUCUUCAACUUACAGGCGUAAGCUGGCAUACGGUGCACUUUGAAGAGGCCAUAUCGGGCAGGCAUUGCAAGGAUAAUCAUUCCGUUCCAGUUAUAGGGCACGCUACUCUGGUCACUUCUGAAAUGCGAAUGACGGUAUACUAGCCAACUGGUUCCGUUGGGACACAUUAGCAUACAAUCCCGUCCUUGUGCGGGACCGGAAGAUAUAGCGAGAUAACAGUAUCUAAUACAUCCAUACCAUGAAAAGUCGUUUUAGCAUUCUUGCAGCAGAUGCACUCGUAGUAACGUGUCCGACCAUAGUGUUGGCAUUACGAGCCGGAAAGAAGAGUGCAGUGUGGCCAAAUCGAUACAGCGA